GCCUCAGCUCCGAGCGGUCCCGGGUGGUGCAGUUGAGGCUGUUUUGACUGGGCCGUUCGGACGGCAGCGCUUUGACCCAGUUAGCACUGGCAGGAUUGAAGCCGAGGAGGAAGACGGUGAGCCAGCCACCCUUAGAACAUUCCAGAACCGUCUGUCAGAGAGGCCCAACCUGGUGGCGAGUCGCCUCUGUGCAUGUGGCCCCCAGGAAGUGAUUUACAUUGCGGCUGCGAGGCGUUUUUACACGUGGGUUACAGCCCCUCCUCUUGCUGCUCUUACAGUAAAUCAGGCAAACAGUACUGUGUAUUUUGCAGAAACUGCGUGCAAGCCCGGGGAGACCCUUUGCCUCACAGGUAUCUACAUAUUCAAAGUUCAACUCGGUGAGCAACUGGCGAGGUUUGGCUACGCUGUUAUCCACGGACCCGUGACGCACGAUGCGGUCGGUGCUUCCCAAGCUGCAGUCGGGGUUGCCCGCCCGCGCACAGCCUCCUCCAGGCCCUUCGAACCUUUGCUCCUGGCUGGGGAGGGUGAAGUCAGUGAACUUGGGCUUGAGUAUGCAGCCCAGCAGUUUGUCCCCUUGGGAGUCCAGCAGGAUGAACGUCCGUGAGCUGGGCCCCUCCGCCCGCCAGCGCAUGGUGCCAUCGGGUGGAGUCCAGAGGCCACCGGGACUUUGGUACAGCUGGACUUGUGGCGGCGGCAGGGCGGGCGGGCGGGCGGCGAACCUAGUGCACCCAGACCCUGCAGCCCCCUGGGGCCGCCCUUCACCUUCACCGCUAGCAGCUCCCCGCAGAAUGCCCCGCAACCCCCUGCGGUUUGUGAGCCGUAACGAAUGUACCUUCCGGUGGGGAAUAUUGAUAGUCGGGAAGGCUGUGCAUGGAGGGGGCGGAGAUAAAAAUGUCACUGGCAAAAUCAACAUUGAUUUCAGAGAAGCAUCUGGAAUUAGAAAGCUCGGGAGUCUGUUGCACAAAUUUCUUGGCCAGUUGGCUAUAGAAAGGAGUGAGAGUGGAGGUUCCUUGAUGGCUUCCAGGGACCGAUGA